AUGAAUCACAAUUCGGGGGAGAACACCGAUCCGAGCACGGGGCGAAGUGACAACUCGAUGGGGGACUACAUCGAUGAGGGACAAGACAAAAGGGAUGACCAAAAUGGGGAGGAAAUGGGCAUUCAAGAAGAAGUGACCAUUCAAGAUGCAAUGAGCAUCGCAGAACUCCCUGACAACCAAUUCACCAGCGCGCAGUACAUCCCAGAUUUGCACGGGCUGGGUAGAGAGAGACAAGCGCUGUCCUGCAAGGUGAACAAAAUGAUAAUUCCAGGACAAGUAUCCCCUUACCACGUACCCCAAGAUGAAUCUUCCUCAGAGAGAGAAACUUUAUAUGACGAAAAUGGAUUUCCAAUAAGGACAAAUUCGAAUGACCAAGAAGGGGAAAAAAAAUUGUGGUCAUGGACCAACGAAGGAAAAUUAAAACUUUUAUGUUCUCAGCCAAUAAUCCCAGUGUCUGUUGUGCAGGGGAUACUAAGGAGGGACAAAAUUAUUUUAAUACCACAAGUGGAGGUAACCGAUUUUGUUGUCCCAAAAAUUUAUAAUCAAAAUAUAAAGCAUGAUGUGCCUAAGCUGGACAUAAAAGUGGAAUGCUCCAAGGUAGAAAUACCAAAUGUCAAAUAUGUGGAGAAGGAAAUAAUCAUUCCAAUCAUCACAGGGUACACACAUAAGUUCAUCCCUAAAUGGGACGUCCACGAGGUUCCUAGGCCAGUUGUUAAAUACAUAGGGGAGCAAAAAAUAGUAGAGGUACAAGUACCCGAAAUUAAGUAUAUUGACAAAAUUGUCGAAAGAGAAGUAAUCGUAGAUACCGUGGAAAAAAGGGUCCCGAAAAUAAUCGAGAUUCCAAAAUACGUGGAUGAAGUUAAGUAUGUGUGGAAGCCUAUUGAGAAAAUUGUAUACAUACAAAAGUUGGUCCCCAAAUUUGACGUCAAUUUGGAAUGUCCUCCACCUUUAAUCGUCCCAUACCCGGUACAGACGGUCAAGCAGAUGCCACCUGUGAUGGUCAGAAAGGAUGUGAAAUUUCCAGACUGUGAUUACACUGAUUUCAAUUCGCCUUCCGGGUCCUUGCCAGUCCCUAGAGAGUACGUCGAUUACUAUACUCCUAGGAAGGAAGCCAAGAAGGGUAUUUUUUUCUCGAACUGCUGUGAACCGAAUAGUAAGAGUAGGGAAAAUCAUGAUGAGACCUAUUACGAGGUGUCCCCCAAUUCGGCCAUGAGGGCCUCCGAAGAAUCACUCCAGAAUGAACUAAAUAUUUGUAAUUCCUCCAACCCGUUUGUCAAUAUCAGCGCCGAUUCGAUGUUAAACAAGGGGGGCCCAAAGGUCGCCCCUGGCGCCGACGUGAUUGCCAACAUGAAUGAGGACAUUAAUGCUAACAUGAAUGGGAACAUAAACGUGAUUGCGAACGUGAAUGCAUGA